AUGAGUCAGUGUGGUCGGCGCCGUUUACCCUGUUCUUGGUUGGCACACAUGUAUAUAUUACGCAUAUGUAUGUUUAAAGAGCUCUUGCUAAGAAACACAAAUAAGCCAAGAACGCAAGAAAGUAAUAACGCAAUGUCCGCCUCCCUAUUCAACAACAUCGAACUGCUCCCCCCUGACGCCCUUUUUGGCAUCAAGCAAAGAUACGGUCAAGACCAACGCACCACCAAGGUCGACCUGGGUAUCGGAGCCUACAGAGACAAUAACGGUAAGCCAUGGGUCCUGCCAAGUGUCAAAGCCGCGGAAAAGCUUAUCCAUAGCGACGAAUCCUACAACCACGAGUACCUCGGGAUCACUGGGCUGCCCUCUUUGACGUCCAACGCCGCCAAGAUCAUCUUCGGUACGCAAUCCGCCGCCUUGCAGGAGGACAGAGUGAUUUCGGUGCAGUCGCUGUCCGGUACUGGAGCCCUUCAUAUAGCCGCCAAGUUCUUCUCCAAGUUCUAUCCAGACAAACUGGUCUACCUGUCCAAGCCCACCUGGGCAAACCACACGGCCAUCUUUGAAAACCAAGGUUUGAAAACCACCACCUACCCCUACUGGGCCAAUGAGACCAAGUCCUUGGAUUUAGACGGCUUCCUGCGCGCCAUCCAAAGCGCCCCAGAGGGUUCCGUCUUUGUUCUUCACUCUUGUGCCCACAACCCUACCGGUCUGGACCCAACUAACGACCAAUGGGCCCAGAUUGUCGACGCCAUUGCCGCCAAGAACCACGUUGCCCUAUUCGACACCGCGUACCAGGGUUUCGCUACAGGUGACUUGGACAAAGACGCCUACGCCGUGCGUCUGGGUGUGGAGAAAUUAUCCACAGUCUCUCCCGUCUUUGUCUGCCAGUCGUUUGCCAAGAACGCUGGUAUGUACGGUGAACGUGUAGGUUGUUUCCAUCUAGCGCUCACAAAGCAAGCCCAAAACAAGACCAUCAAGCCCGCUGUCACCUCCCAAUUGGCCAAGAUCAUACGUAGUGAAGUGUCCAAUCCACCCGCCUACGGUGCCAAGAUCGUCGCUAAGCUGUUGGAAACACCGGAAUUGACCGAGCAAUGGCACAAGGAUAUGGUCACCAUGUCAUCCAGAAUCACCACAAUGAGACAUGCUCUAAGAGACCACUUGGUUAAGCUGGCCACCCCGGGCAAUUGGGACCAUAUAGUCCACCAGUGUGGGAUGUUCUCCUUCACCGGGUUGACUCCUCAUAUGGUCAAGAGACUAGAAGAAACCCACGCCGUUUACUUGGUCGCCUCGGGCAGAGCCUCCAUUGCCGGGUUGAACCAAGGUAACGUGGAAUACGUAGCCAAGGCCAUUGACGAAGUGGUGCGCUUCUACGCUACUGAAGCUAAAUUGUAA